AUGACGAUCAUUAAUCUCGAUCCGACGAACCUGGAGUUUUCCGUCUUCACGACGGAGGACAUCCGCCGUAUUAGCGUGGCGAAGGUAACGCACUCACGUUCGUUCAACGAACUGGGUCACGCGUUGAGCGGCGGCCUUUACGACCCUGCCAUGGGCCCAUGCGCUCGGGGUGAAGUGUGCCUAACGUGCGCCCGUGACGAGCAGAAUUGCGAAGGACACUUUGGACACAUUGAGAUCGACCUGACGGUGUACAAUCCGUUCUUCCUGCGCACCCUCUACAACGUGAUGCGCAUCAGCUGCAUGUCCUGCACGCGGCUUCUGAUGCACGACGGCGUGAAGGCGAUGCUCGAGCUGCAGCUUCGACUGGCCGAUGCCGGCUACUUGGUCGAGGCGGAAGAGCUGGACGUAUACAAGGCGAAACAGCAGGCGGACCCGGCGCAGCCGAUCCCGGAACAGGUGGUGCACUACGAGGACUUGCUGCACAACCAACCGUACAAUAUGCUGGGCAACACGAAGCUAUCGAGCGCGAUCCGGAUGGCGAUCGUGAACGGUACGUUGAAGGAGUGUGUCCUAAAGAAGUGCAUCCACUGCAAGGCGAUGGUGCAGAAGGUGCGCAUGUCGGACAAGAAGCUGUGCAUCAGCUGGUCGAAAACGGACAAACUGGCGUACCUCAAGAACAAGGGUGCCGACAAAGACCUGGUGGAGAGCCAGGUGAAAGCGUCCGUCGAAGCGAUGCUGGCCCAAGAUUGUAUGCUGUACCUGCGGCGAUUGUAUGCGCUCAAUGGAACCACCCUGCAGCUGCUGUUUCCGAUGAUGCGCAAGGUGUGUGGCGAACAUCCGACCGAUAUAUUCUUCAUGGAAGUCGUACCGGUUCCACCGCCGAAAGUGCGGCCCGUGCGGCGUACCGACGGGGAAAGUAUCGUGGAGCAUCCACAGUCAACCAUUCUGCGCGAUAUUCUGCUGGCCAACAGUACCGUCCGGGCGAUCUUAAUGGAAUACGGUACGAGCACUGCGGCGGCAGCGGCGGGUUUGUCCGAGACCGCGCUGGCAACGGUUAAGAGUGUCGUGAGUGGAGCCAGAGGUGACACACAACACGAGAAGCUCUACUACGCCUGGCUGGUGCUCCAGACCAACGUUGACCGUCUGCUGGAAGAGCAACCGAUGUCGGCCAAGAUGUCGAACAAAUCGUGGGGCCUGAAACAAAUGAUCGAAAAGAAGUUCGGUAUCAUCCGGCAGCACAUGAUGGGCAAACGGGUCAAUCAUGCCGCCCGUACCGUCAUUACGCCCGACCCGAACAUUGGCGUCGAAGAGAUUGGCAUUCCGAAGCGGUUUGCGCUGAAGCUCACUUACCCGGUACCGGUGACACCGUGGAACGUGGCGGAGCUGCGCCAGUGGGUCCUGAACGGGCCCGAAGUUUACCCGGGUGCCAACAUGAUUGAAGACUCGAACGGUCGGGUGAUAAAACUUUCCGCCAUCAACGUUACCCAGCGUCAAUCGGUGGCCAAAACGUUGCUCACUCCAGCGCUGCCCUCCGGGGGGUCAUCCGAUCAUGAUUCGAUCAAGAUCGUCCACCGGCACCUGCAGAACGGUGACAUUUUGCUGCUCAACCGUCAGCCGACCCUGCACCGGCCGAGUAUAAUGGCGCACCGUGCCCGGAUACUGCCGGGGGAGAAGAUUUUCCGGCUGCACUACUCGAACUGCAAAUCGUACAACGCCGACUUUGAUGGGGACGAAAUGAACGCGCAUCUGCCGCAGAACGAAGUAGCCCGUAGCGAAGCGUACGAAUUGGUUGCGGUGCCGUAUCAGUACCUCGUGCCGAAGGACGGUACCCCGUUGGGUGGCCUCAUUCAGGAUCACAUCGUUUCGGCCGUGAAGCUGUUCAUUCGUGGAAAGUUCUUCAAUCGGGAAGACUAUCAGCAGCUGGUGUUCCAAGCACUUAGCAACCAGAAAGGAGACAUUGAGUUGCUACCACCUGCGAUCGUGAAACCGGUAAGAUUGUGGUCCGGCAAGCAGAUCAUCUCCACGAUCGUGAAGAACACCAUCCCGAAGGGGUUGCCACACAUCAAUCUGGAGGGAAAGUCAAAGCUCAACAACAAGCAUUGGUGUAUACUUCCCGCACGGCCCUGGCAGUACGGUGGCAGCCCGUUGACCGAGAACGAGCUCUCGGAGUCGGAAGUGUUCAUCCGGCAGGGCGAACUGCUGUGCGGUAUCCUCGAUAAGAACCACUUUGGGGCCACCCCGUACGGGUUAAUCCACUGCAUGUACGAACUGUACGGUGGCGUGUGUUCUUCGGCGUUGCUUUCUUCGCUGUCGCGCCUCUUCACCUACUACCUGCAGUGGGAAGGAUUUACGCUGGGCGUCCACGACAUUCUGGUGCAGUCGAAGGCCGAUCGAAAGCGGGCCAAAAUUAUUGCCGAAUGCCGAGCCGUGGCCGGACACGAAGCGACGGCGGCGGCACUCGAGCUGCCCGGGAGUGUUUCACGCGAAGAACUAACCAGUCGGUUGACGGAGGCGUACGCGAAGAAUCCCAAGUUCCGGUCCAUUCUCGAUCGGAAGUACAAAUCGGUGCUGGAUAAGUACACGAAUCAGAUCAAUAAUGCCUGCCUUCCCGAGGGACUGAUCAGCAAGUUCCCGGACAACAAUCUGCAGUUGAUGGUGCAAUCCGGUGCGAAGGGAUCCACCGUCAACACGAUGCAAAUCUCGUGUCUGCUGGGGCAGAUCGAGCUGGAAGGCAAGCGUCCGCCCCUCAUGAUGUCGGGCCGUUCGCUGCCCAGCUUUGCGCACUUUGAAACGUCCCCAAAAUCGGGUGGCUUCAUCGAUGGGCGGUUUAUGACGGGCAUCCAGCCGCAGGACUUUUUCUUCCACUGCAUGGCCGGUCGCGAAGGGUUGAUCGACACGGCCGUCAAGACCAGUCGCUCCGGGUACCUGCAGCGCUGCCUGGUGAAGCAUCUGGAGGGCCUCUCGGUGCAGUACGAUAUGACGGUACGGGACAGCGACGGCAGUGUGGUCCAGUUCAUGUACGGUGAGGACGGUCUCGAUAUUGGCAAGUCCCAGUUUGUGGGGCAAGAGAAACAGCUGCGCUUUCUCGAUCAGAACCGUGACGUGAUAGUACGCCGCGAGCUGCAGGACCGUUUGGCCAGCGCUGCCGCCGAAGAUCCGUUGCAUGAGGCCAUCAAAAAGCACGUAAAACGAAUGAAACGCUGGAGGAAACAACACGCGGGGGGUCAGCAGAAAACACGUCUGUCUGGCUUUUCGUUGUACUCGGAACAAAGCGCCCCGUCCGUUCGGGAGAAACUGUCCAAUCCGGACAAACUAAAGUCCAGCACCGGACGUACGAAGCUGACCAAGAAGCUGCUGAAACGCUGGAACAAGCUGGACACGGACGAGAAACGGGACUUUGCGAAGCAAUCGUCACACUGCCCCGAUCCGCUGGCGGCCGUGUUCCGUGCCGAUGCCCAUUUUGGGGUGCUACCGGAGAGGCUCGAGGAACUGGUGCGCAACUAUAAGCGCACCGAGCAACCGCUACACGACGUCGACGAACUGAUGCAGAUAAAGGGUAGCGGGGCGCUGGUGGCACCCGGUGAACCGGUCGGUGUAUUGGCCGCCCAAUCGAUCGGUGAACCGUCGACACAGAUGACACUGAACACGUUCCACUUUGCGGGGCGUGGCGAGAUGAACGUGACCCUCGGUAUUCCGCGGUUGCGCGAAAUUCUGAUGAGUGCCACGGCCAACAUUAAGACACCGUCGAUGGAGAUACCGUUUCUGACGCACCGCAAACCGGAACGCUUGCCGGCGCUGGCCGACAAGCUGCGCAAAUCGUUGAACCGUGUGACGGUGGCCGAUGUGCUGGAACACAUUCACGUCAAGUCCCGGCUGGUGCUGCAUCCGUCGCGCGGCAUGCAACACGUGAUUCGGUUCCAGUUUCUGCCGCCCGACGCGUACGCACACGAUUAUCGGGUCACGCCGCAGGAAAUAUUGCGCCACAUGUCCCGCCACUUCUUCGCGCUAAUGUUCAAGGAGAUCCGGAAGGUGGAAUCGGCCAAGAAUGUGUUAAUCGAAGACGAAGUGGCGGUCAGCAGGAAAUCGAAAAAAUCGGGAGACGAUGAAGGCGAUGAAGCGAUUGACCGGAGCGAACCGACGACGACGGAUGGUGCGGAAGCCGGUGGUCGUGACAGUGACAGCGAGUCAGAGGACAGUGAUGCCGGCGGCGGUGAUGAUGCCGAUGCGACCGAGUUGAAAAUUAAGAGCAAAAAAUCAGACGAUCAUGCGUACGAUGACGGCGAAUCGGAACAAUCCGGUGACGAGUCCGAUGGUUCGGCUGAUGGCGAAGGCAGCGAUGGCGAGCACCAACUGGUGGCACCCCAGCAACAGGAAGUAAUCGAUGAAGCAGUAGGUGAAGGGGACAUCAUUGGACCGGCGGCCGUAGCAGCGGGUGCGGAUCAGCGAGUGCUGACGGAAGCGGAAGAGGUGAAGCAUGCGCGCCGAGCAAACGAGCAGGUCAAGAUGUACACGUACGACCGGAAGCAGUUCCGCUGGUGUCAGCUGGAGCUACACAUGCCCCUGAAGCUACGGGAUACCGAUUUUACGAAGAUUUUCCGGCAGAUCGCCGGAAAAAGUGUCGUCUGGGAGGUGCCACGGAUCAAGCGUGCCAUCACGUACACCCAGAACGAUCGGUUGUAUCUGAAGACGGACGGAAUCAACAUCUCGGCCAUGGCUCGGCACGCCAAGCUGCUCGAUUUGAGGCGCCUGUACAUGAACGAUGUCCACGCGAUGGCCGCCCGGUACGGUAUCGAGGCGGCGUCGCGCGUCAUUGUGAAAGAAAUCCAGAACGUGUUCAGCGUGUACGGCAUCGUGAUCGAUCCGCGCCACCUGCUGCUCGUGGCCGACUACAUGACCAGCGAUGGCACGUUCAAGGGCAUGAGCCGGGCCGGUAUGGAAAGUUCGGCCUCCCCGCUGCAGCAGAUGUCGUUCGAAUCGUCCCUUACGUUCCUGAAGAACGCUAUGCUGAGAGGUACCAACGAUCGCCUCGAAUCCCCGUCCUCCCGGCUGAUGGUAGGCCAGCCGUGCAAGAGUGGCACCGGGGCGUUUACACUGUACUCGUCUGCGCUGAAAGAUUACAGCGAGGCGCUUCGACGAUAG